AUGCCGCCAGACGGGAUUCCUGAUGGCGUCAUUGGCCCCUCUGCGCGUGCGUCCGCCCAUUCCACUCCCAAAUUCUCCAACAUGGGGUGGACUGCCCUCGUAUGCAUAGUUGGCAAAACUCUCAUCCGGACGCCGCCACCCCUCGUCCGCGCAUCACUCCUCUCCCGCCUUUCCUACCGCUCCGUGCGCCUGGAUCCUCCCGUCACAAUUCCGCCCCACCGCGACACAACGUCAUCGUCCUCAUCGCCACACCCCGCGACGCUGGACGCCAACACCAACGGAGCAGCCAAGCUGGGGAAGAGAAAGCCAUCAUCCGAGGACCUUGGGAGUCCAGUCAAGAAAGCCAUGACGUGCUAUGUCAACUCCCUGCUCACCCGUUUGUUCAAGGACAAAAUGCAGAUCGAUAAUCCUGCCGCAGCUGCCGAGCAGCUCAAGGAUGCCGCCGGCGAGAUCGAUGAGUCGCUGUACAGCAGGCAGCUCUACGUGCUGGGUCACGAGGCCAUGAAGCGCAUGGGCUCCUCCAACAUCCUUAUCGUUGGUCUGCGCGGCCUCGGUGUCGAGAUCGCAAAGAACAUCGCUCUUGCCGGCGUUAAGUCGCUCACCCUCUACGACCCCAAACCUGCCACAAUCCAGGACCUGUCGGCACAAUUCUUCCUCCACCCCGAAGAUGUCGGCAAGCCACGCGCGUCUGUGACCGUCCCUCGUGUAUCCGAACUGAACCCUUAUGUGCCCGUCAACGAGUUUCUUGGCAAGGACCUCACUUCGGAUCUCGCUCAGCUAAAGCAGUUCCAAUGUGUGGUUCUGACCGACACGCCGCUCACCGACCAGAUCACCAUCGCCGACUACUGCCACGCAAACGGCAUCUAUGUCGUCAUCACCGAUACAUACGGCCUGUUUGGAACUAUUUUCACCGACUUUGGCAAGAACUUCACCGUCGGAGACCCCAACGGUGAAAAUGUCCUGAGCGGCAUUGUUGCAGGAAUCGACGAUGAGGGCAACGUCUCAGCUCUGGACGAGACGAGGCACGGCCUCGAGGAUGGCGAUUUCGUCACCUUCUCCGAGAUUGAGGGUAUGGAGGCCCUCAACGAUGCCGCACCUCGCAAGAUCAAGGUUACCGGUCCUUAUACCUUCAGCAUCGGCGACGUUUCUGGACUGGGCCAAUACAAGCGUGGCGGGUUGUACUCCCAGGUCAAGAUGCCGAAGAUCCUGGACUUUGAGCCUCUAAGCCAGCAGCUGAAGAAGCCUACCUUGAUGAUGUCUGACUUUGCCAAGUUCGACCGUCCCGCCCAACUCCACGUCGGUGUGCAGGCUCUGCACGCAUUUGCAGAGCAGCACAACGGUGAGUUCCCGCGCCCACACCACGAAGCCGACGCUGCCGAGGUUUUGAAGAUUGCCCAAACGCUGGCUGCUCAGGGCGAGGAGCAGGUCGAAUUGGACGAGAAGCUCAUCAAGGAGCUCAGUUACCAGGCCCGUGGCGAUAUUAGCCCUGUCGCCGCUUUCUACGGUGGUCUGGCUGCGCAGGAAGUCCUUAAGUCUGUUUCUGGAAAGUUCCACCCAAUUGUCCAAUGGUUGCACUUCGAUUCGCUCGAAUCACUGCCUGCAUCCUCUACUCGUUCUGAGGAGACUUGCAAGCCCCUGGGCACCCGCUACGAUGGUCAGAUUGCCGUUUUCGGUAAAGAGUUCCAAGACAAGAUUGCUAAUGUUAAGGAGUUCUUGGUUGGCGCUGGAGCUAUUGGAUGCGAGAUGCUGAAGAACUGGGCAAUGAUGGGUGUUGCAACUGGCCCUGAGGGCAAGAUCUGGGUGACGGACAUGGACCAGAUUGAAAAGAGCAACCUCAACCGUCAGUUCCUGUUCAGGCCCAAGGAUGUUGGAAAGUUGAAGAGCGACUGCGCAGCAGAGGCUGUCCAGGCCAUGAACCCUGACCUGAAGGGUCACAUUGUCACGAUGAGGGACAGGGUUGGUGCCGAUACGGAGCACAUCUUCAACGAGGACUUCUGGGAGAACCUGACUGCCGUGACGAAUGCUCUCGACAACGUGGAAGCCCGCACCUACGUGGACCGCCGCUGCGUCUUCUUCCGCAAGCCACUGCUGGACAGCGGCACCCUCGGAACCAAGGGUAACACCCAAGUUGUUCUUCCACACAUCACCGAGUCGUACUCCAGCUCUCAGGAUCCGCCGGAGCAGUCAUUCCCCAUGUGCACCCUUAAGAGUUUCCCCAACCGGAUCGAGCACACUAUCGCUUGGGCCAAGGAUCUCUUCCACAGCUACUUUGCUCAGCCGGCAGAGGUGGUCAACAUGUACCUUACGCAGCCGAACUAUCUUGGUAGUGCUCUGAAGCAGUCGGGCAACGAGAAGCAGACCCUGGAGACUCUCCGUGACUUUUUGGUAACGGACAAGCCCCUUACGUUCGAGGAUUGCGUCAUCUGGGCCAGGCACCAGUUCGAAAAGCAGUACAACAACAACAUUGCUCAGCUACUUUACAACUUCCCCAAGGAUUCGAAGACGUCAAGCGGACAGCCAUUCUGGUCGGGACCGAAGCGUGCUCCCGACCCACUGAAGUUCGAUGCGAGCAACCCCACUCAUUUCAAGUUCAUCGAGGCUGCUGCCAAUCUGCAUGCCUUCAACUACAAGAUCAGCCCCAAGGGCUUCGCAAAGGAGCAGUACUUGAAGGUUCUGGACAACAUGAUUGUUCCCGACUUCAAGCCUGAUCCUGGCGUCAAGAUCCAGGCCAACGACAGCGAUCCCGACCCGAACGCCGGCAGCGGCUCUUCCAACGACGAUCUCUCCAGGAUCGUCGACGCGCUACCGGCUCCCAAGUCGCUCGCGGGUUUCAAGCUGGAGCCGGUCGAGUUCGAGAAAGAUGAUGAUACCAACUUCCACAUUGACUUCAUCACGGCAGCAAGCAACCUGCGUGCCGAGAACUACAAGAUCCAGGCAGCCGACCGCCACAAGACCAAGUUCAUCGCCGGUAAGAUUAUUCCGGCUAUUGCGACGACAACGGCUCUUGUGACGGGUCUCGUCAACUUGGAGAUUUACAAGAUCCUGGACGGCAAGACGGAUAUUGAGCAGUACAAGAACGGUUUCGUCAACCUGGCGCUUCCUUUCUUCGGCUUCAGCGAGCCGAUUGCUAGCCCCAAGGGCAGCUACAAGGGUCCCGACGGCGAUGUGACGAUCGACAAGCUAUGGGAUAGGUUUGAGGUUGAGGACAUCCCGUUGAAGGACUUCUUGGCCGACUUCGAGAAGAAGGGUCUUAGCAUCACGAUGAUCAGCUCAGGCGUGAGCUUGCUGUAUGCCAGCUUCUACCCGCCGAGCAAGCUGAAGGAUAGGCUACCUCUCAAGUUGAGCGAGCUCGUUGAGACUAUUUCGAAGAAGAAGAUUCCGGACCACCAGAGGAACGUCAUCUUCGAGAUCACGGCAGAGGACGCGACUGAGGAGGACGUUGAGGUCCCGUACGUGAUGCUGAAGCUGCGCAAGUAG